GUAAGUAAACAAUGCCACUUUUUAAACUAUUUUUAUUUUGGAAAAUAUAAUUAAUUUUCAUAAAAUGUCACCUGUAUUAAUGUGUGAUGGGUUUGUUUAUUUAUUUACUUUUGGCUGCACCUGCAGCACAUGGAAGUCCUCCCAGCCAGGGAUUGAACCUGUGGCGCCAUAGCAGUGACAACACCAGAUCCUUAUGCCACUAAGCCACCAGGGGAAUCCACAUUUUUUAAAUAAAUUAAUAUCUGAAGACCUUCUUAGUUCCAAUUUCUAAUAUGAAAUGUUGAUAUAACCUACAUAAAUAAAAGUUCUCCACUGCUCAACUUUUGAAAGUGAAAAAGUCCUGUGACCAAAAAUUUUGAGAAUGACUGCCCUGAGGUUAAAUACGUUCUAAGUCAGCAGCCACUGUGACAUCAGCAUCAGGUCAGUCUAUGAAGGGUUCCAAACAGUUGCCCAUUAUGAUAUCAAGCUCUCCAGCUGGUCUGUCCUCUAAGAAGCUAACAUCAAAGAGGGUCUACUAUUGCCCUUGAUGUUCUCUACAGGGCAUUCUGUGAUGUUACCAGGAAAGAUACCCAACAAAUAGUAAGAGAAAGACCAUUUCAUUCUGACAUUGCUUCUUUCUUUGAUUUUGGUCAGGUUUCCCAACACCUUGACACUUGUUUCAUUAUGAAAGAUGUACAAACUUCAAACCAAAAGGGUAAAAGCUGCUGCUGGGAAGAUGUGGAAUUCAAAUUUCUCCAAGAUCAGACAGUCUCUUAAAAAUGUUUACCAUAAAUGUAAGAAGCAGCACCCAAAUUCAACUAGAUAUCCAACUAUGACUUCCUAUGAUUGUGAUCAAGAUGACAUUAACGCUGAUGAAGAAAUGAAUCUUAUAGCAAUGCUCCAAGAUAUUAAAACUUCCCAGAUUGAACUCCUAGGCCAAAUGACUGACAUUAUCAGUGCAGUAUUAAAAAUCCAAGAAAGGAUUGACUUUUAUCAGAAGGAGAUGGAGGUACUGGAAAACAGAAUGAAUGUUAAUGAAGACAAACAGUACACAAUAACUAAAGAUACCUUCUUAAUGAAAGAAGAUAUUGAUGCUUUAAAGAAGAAGAUGAAAGAACUGGAAAACCAGAAUUCUUGCUCUAGUAUACAUUGUUUAGAGGUUCUGGAGGGAGAAAAGAGUAAAGAGAUCAUAGAACUGCUUCACAAACUCAGAAAACCAGGAACUUUGAAGAACAUGUUGGCCUCUACCGACACUGGAAUCUCUUCAGCAGAACCAGACAAAGUGCCCAGUUAUCCCACUGAUCAUCUUGAGGAAAAACCAAUUUCUUCCCAAACUAAAGUUGUGAAGAAAAGUAACUGUCAAACUGCAUUAAGAAGCUUUCAAAAAGCAAAGUCAAAUAUUUAUAUUUACCCAGACUUGAAUACAUGGAUAAAGCUAACUUUUGUCCAUGGAGGAAAGUGGAGAUUUUUCCUCAGGGCAACCAAGUUAGAGGAAUUCAUCCAGUGGCUUCUUUCUAGGCCAACCCUCCCUCCUGAGGAACCACAAGUCAUAACCCAGAGAUACUGUCCAUUCACUAGACCUAUUGCAAACUUGACCACAAUCUGUUUCUCUGUUUUCAAUUAUAUUUACUGUCUUUUUGGUUCCUCAAAAGAGGAAGUAACUCGACUGUAAUUUUCUGCUUGCUUGGCACAAAAUAAAUUGUAACCUGGCCUUUCAAAGCAGUCACACAUUGUUGUGGCUGCUGUGAACUCCUUGGUGAUUAGCUCAUUGUGAGUCUACCACAUGUGAAGUUUCUUUACAUCUACAGUAAGUUGAGGCCUAUCACCUCUUUGGAUAUUUGCAAUGAAUUUUCUGUUUCUCAAAGGCAUUUCAUGCAGGAUUCAUCCAGCGCCCAUGUCAUAGAUAAUUGGAAACAAAGAAUAAGGGGUCUAGGAAUGAGAAACUUUGGUGGUCCCCAUGUCAGUUUUCUAUGCACUCUUGUCUUAGUAGCCUUUGCAGAUAAGAUGUGUGAUACCAGAGACAGUCUCUACUAACAAAAUUUUAAAAAGCAUAGAAUGAAAAAGAUAGCUGCAAGGCUACUAAAGUUAGAGCUGUAAAAAUGAAAGGCACUGAAAGGACAAUUUACAGCCAGGAAAAUAUUUAUUCCAACAAUGGGAUUUUUCUUUCAACUUCCUCUCUAUCAAAUAAUUGGAAAAGUGGGGAAAGCUGAAUAUGGUAUAGGGCUUUUUUUACACUUUCAUGAAAUGAGACAAAUACAAUAUCUUCUGAUUAAUACAGAGGAAAAGGGAAAAUCUGAGGAGGAAUUUGUGAAUUAAGUUGAAUCUCAACACUACCACCACAGAUGCUUAUAUGACAGUCUUUUUUUUUCUU